CUCGCACUGCUGUAAUCAGCCGGGCUUUACGGAACAGCACCAAGUCUGAGUGAGCCAUCCAUCGUGUGAGCUUUGGAAGCGUACCUAGUCACCGUGAUAUUGACGUAUUGAGUGAGGGGCGCUGCAAGUCAGUUCUCGUGACAUUCUUAAUGCAAACACCCUGAAAAGCCAUGCACGUAGCGCCCUUUGCAAAAGGCAAACAUGAAUUAAACAAUGUGUGAUAUGGAUUUGUUGAAUGAUAAGUCGGUGAGCAUUGGGGUAUGGUCUCGAAUGGUCGGCUCCGAAGGAAAAUAACGGACCGACAAUAUCUCAGCUUUAUUAUGAGGUUGAAAAAGACAAAAGAUCGGAAGCUAAACUCCAUCAUUUCAAUGUUACCUGGCUGUACAAGUCCAACAACUUGACUACCAAUACACCCAUAUAUUUCUCAGUCUCGUAUACUUCAUGAUAGGAGCUGUUUUUGAUAUUUUAUUCUCGGCUUAGCCUUCUCUCACUCGGUGCAUCGAGUAAGAGAAGACUAAGAUCUCUUCCAUGACUAGGUCGAGGCGCUAGAAGAAUUCUUUGCCUCUAGCGGAGAUGCCGUCUGCUGUGUGGUUGAUCGGUUUGCUCCGAACCAUCUCUCCAUUUCUCUGUCAUAUAGUAUGAUACCUAGUUACCACAUAAGAGAAAGCAGAACAUGCUUGAUGCUACGAGACAAAUCAAGGGAAUCCAUGCAGGUUCGCCAAUAAUUCAAAUUAUCUCUGAGCUGUUAUCACCUCUCUUACCGCCCGGUUACAGCUCGCUCGCACCCCUCACCAGGGAGGCUGAGCCGGAGCUGUGCAAUUCGUUGUUUUACAUGCGUAUCAGGCUUUCAAAGCAGAAUAUUGAGGCCGGUCAGAAUAAGCAAACAACGAAAUACGCGGAUCAAGAAGAUUGGGCAGUCGUUACGUUUUCCUUUGCCAUUCUUUCCACCAUGAAUUAAAGAUGUGCAGCAUUCAACAAUAGUCCACAUAUAUAUAUCACCUCAUGGAACUAAGCACAGCAAGACUGAUAUUAUAAGUAACAGCAAUAUCCAUCAAUGUAACCAACAGGUAGGCUACAUAUUUGCACUCCCAUGGAGUCAAUUUCCAUAGACCUAAAUUGUUGAACCAGAUUACUCAUCUUAGCGGUUCGAAGAAAACACAUCCACGAGACGUCUGUCAUUGAAAGCAUAUGAUACAUUCUAAACAUCGUCGUGAUCUUGGAACAUAUUGUGUAAAUUGCCAGGCGGUGCUGUGAUCGGCAGGCCUUGUCCAGAUCGUCAUUGCAAGGGCGGCUAUUGACAUUUGCGAUGCGGAUGGCCUAGCUUAGUAGAGGGCAACCCUUAAUGUGUUGGGAUGGAUGUCAGGAUGCUGAUACGGAGCAUUAUCCGUGGUAGUUACCCGAUUGCAACAUGAUUCAAGAAACAGCCGAAUCGGAGACCCGAACCUAAGGUCUGAUACUUGGGCUACCCCCGGCUGGAUCAUGUUGCCAGUGAUGGACGGUAACUAGAAGACGUGUACCGAGGUCAUGCAAACAUCAAGAGAGAAGCAAACAGCUUGAAUGAUUGAUUCAUCAUGAAACAUCCGGAGCUGUCUUUGUACGUGUUAGUGAGACUUCGAUUCAUGCACUUCUGAGCCUUGACUCUGCGCCCUGUCUGUAACUGGUCUUAUUUCCACUGUCUUGGCCUGCCAAUUGUAGCCCCAUCCCCCACUUUGGGCCGCAUUCAGGUUCAGAAGACGACGGGGGACCUGCCCUUGAACAGUCCUAGACGGUGAAGACUGAAUGGAGGUGUGAGCCAGUGAGCGGCCCCGUCGCGCUGGGGGAGGGGAGUGCGCCGUGCGCUUGUCCAGUAGACGCCGAGCCCCCUGGAAACGGACCGCUAAGUUGUGGCUGAUCCAGUGAGAAGCGCCUAAUAUGGCGGUCGAAGGGCGCGUCAGGGCCCAUUCAUAGGCUCUACUUCUUGUCCAUCCAUGCUGGGAGCCUCCAGCUGGGAUCACCCGCCACCCGCCCUUCAGACAAAUUCCCUUCCCCCUUCACCAAAUGAUGGGCUGCGCUGGGCAGCUUGUCACUCACCCUCAGGCCUCGCUCUCCCCAUUCUCCACUUUUCUUAUUCACUUGCUCUUUCUUACCCGCCCCCUUCCACAUUCAUUCCCAUUUUCUCCUCCUCGGCCUGCCAUUUUCUCCCAUUCCUCUCAUCCACCCCACGACGCCCUUCCGCCAUCUCUUCUCCUAACAUCUAACUACCUACCUACACCCACUGUCAUCUCGACGACGACCUCGCGACUUUACGUCUGCCAUAGCUGUUGAGAUUCUCUAGUCCUUUCUUACAGCUUCAACAAGAAUCUCGGGAUUUACAGAGCCACAUAGUCCUCGAGAAUCCUGACCGAGUUUUUAACUCGUAGCUUGCCCUGAUUCUCACCUAACCGACGCUGUCACCUCCCAAAGUUCAGCCUGCACGCGUUUUGACCGCCUUCAAACGCACACGAUUCUCUUGCAGGUACGUUAGCUGAUGAUUUUUUCUACACCGAAGUAUACUAUAUUUUUGUUCGGAUUUGUAUCAACCGGCUCGUUGGUCUCGUGAUUUUCUGUCAUUCGGAUGCACCGACUCACGCCUACGCGGGCUUUUAUUAAUGCUGCUUGUCGGGCGAGUCGCUCUUACGUCGAGUUGCGUCGGAUUUGCCUUGUGGCGUUGUCCACCGCCCUCAAGCCUGAUUCUUCUCCGACCCAGUUUUGCCCCUCUCAUUGCAUGCAUUGCCGCCCUUUCUCAUUUGCUUUCAUUUAUCUACUUUUCAACCGAACCUGAACGCUGCUGACUCCCCAUAUAGCCAACGAAGGCUUGCAGAUCAUACAAAAUUGCACACUUAUCUAUCCGUUUUUAUUCAUACGGAACAGAAAACCAUCAACUUUCAUCAUGACGACCAUGGAUCUUCGCGUUGGUAACAAGUACCGUAUCGGUCGAAAGAUCGGUUCAGGUUCUUUCGGCGAUAUCUACCUGGGCACCAAUAUCAUCUCAGGCGAGGAGAUUGCCAUCAAACUCGAGUCCGUCAAAGCCAAGCACCCGCAACUGGAGUAUGAGGCCCGUGUAUACAAGUCUCUUGCUGGUGGCGUUGGAAUCCCGUUUGUUCGCUGGUUUGGUACUGAGUGCGACUACAAUGCCAUGGUUCUCGAUCUUCUCGGCCCCAGUCUGGAGGAUCUCUUCAACUUUUGUAACCGAAAGUUUUCCUUAAAGACGGUUCUUCUCCUGGCAGAUCAGCUCAUUUCUCGAAUCGAAUACAUCCACGCCAAGUCUUUCAUCCACCGAGAUAUCAAGCCGGACAACUUCCUCAUGGGCAUUGGCAAAAGAGGCAACCAAGUCAACGUUAUCGAUUUCGGUCUUGCUAAGAAGUAUCGCGACCCCAAGACUCACUUCCACAUCCCCUACAGAGAGAACAAGAAUCUGACAGGUACUGCGCGCUAUGCCUCCAUCAACACUCACUUGGGUGUCGAGCAAUCACGACGUGAUGAUAUGGAGUCCCUCGGUUACGUUAUGCUCUAUUUCUGCCGUGGCUCUCUCCCUUGGCAGGGCUUGAAAGCCGCCACCAAGAAGCAGAAGUACGACCGUAUCAUGGAAAAGAAGAUGACCACCCCUACUGAGGUUCUCUGCCGUGGAUUCCCCAAUGAGUUCGCAAUCUACCUCAACUACACUCGAUCUCUUCGAUUCGACGAUAAGCCUGAUUACAGCUACCUCCGCAAGAUCUUCCGCGACCUUUUUGUUCGCGAGGGUUUCCAGUAUGAUUAUGUUUUCGACUGGACAGUCUACAAGUACCAGAAGAACGCGCAGGCUAUCGCACAGGCUGCCGGUCAGGCCAACCCUGAAGACGAGGAAAAGGCUCGUGCCAGCCGUACCAAUGCCGCUACUGCCGGCCAGUCUGCUGCUAAGCCAAAUGCCAUCCCCAGCACUCGUCGCAAGAUGCUCGAGCGAGGCUCCGGUGCUGGCGUCGAUACUCCCGACACCAACCGUGCCAUCGGUGGAAGCGACAGGAUGUGAGUGAUAAGUAACGCCUAUUUUUCUAGUCCCUCGUAAGGAAUCUUUUUCCUUCGCGCGUGUAGUGUGUUUUUGUACCGCUGGCCGAAGGGAGAUUUGCUGACAACUAUGGCUGACUCAGUGGACGAUAAACAGGCUUCGCUCAGCUUCAAAGGGAGCGGGAUAUGCCUCGGGCAGCUAUCGGCCGAAAUGAUUUCUAAACCGAUCACUCCUCUCUUUUUGGGAUUCUCACUCAUGGCUACCGAUACUGGCGAUUCACACCCAACAUCGACACCCGGAUGCAAGUCUUUUGAACAGCUGAAUGAUUCUGCUGGUCAUCAUUUUGCUUAUUGAUCGCGGUCGAAUGUUGGAGCGCGGAUCGGUCACGCCUAUUUUCUACGCCUUUGCUCUAUCUUGUUCUUCGACGUAUCUUUUGGCGAAUUUACGACUUUACGCAUGGCUCGGGUAUCUCUUGAUGGUUGAAAAGUUGCACAAUGGAUAAACCUUCGGGUUUCGUCCUUUGAGCGACUACAAUACCUUCAGGAGACCUUCCUGAACGGCAUGUCCGGUACUCCUAUUUCUGGGUGUACCGAACCUGUGGGGCUAUCAUUGCUACUCGCAAAAUAGCCUUACCUCGGAAUGCCACAUGCCAUGGUGUCGACAAUACAAAAUUCGCCCCUGGAGCUGAAUUUGGGUCCACAUCUCGCUAUGGCUCACCUUUCCGUCGAAGCGGCUCAGCUCGAUCCCCUAGCAGGCAUUUCCUUCAUCGUAUUUUUCUUUGCUUUCUUUUAAUUUGCACGGACGUUUGCUCUGGUCUUUUGAGUCUGCUCCUACCUGUUGGAGAUAGCUUCUGGGGAGGCAACAGGGGGGGCAUUUCAGGAGUUAUGUUGCUGGUAAAGCUAGUCUCAACACCAUGUCGCGAACGACAAGCCUGUUACGGAUAGCAGCCCACGUUGGCCGAGGAUCGUGGUGCAGUGGCAGAUGGAACAGUGGGAGUUACCGGCCUACGUUAAGGUCAGCUCCGGUGUCCUACUGGUCGACUUGGUGGAUGGAACAGGAGCUUCAUUGGGGCGAACAAGUUGACACAAGUUGCUACAACCUUCAAAGACACUGCGUUGAUGCGGCAGCUGACAUGACACUCCCAUCAUGAAGCUCAAGGUUUGGAAAUCGGGUAUUGACGAAACUCCCCAGCAAAGGAUACAUGGUUGAUGAGCCAGCAUUCUCAACCGCCGGGUUGAGCAGUCCUGCAUCUUACGUACAUCCAUCCACCCCUUCAUUCGUUUCUUGAUCGCACAUUAGGUAGUCUACAAAUUCAGUCUGUUUAUUUGGAAAUUGUCCCUGAACUUAAGAUCGAUGCGUCAUGUCGUUUGUUAUUAGUCAUCCGUAGCCUUUAAAGAGCAGACUCGAAUGGUUGUACGAGGAACCGUCUUCCCGAUCACAAAGUCUUUUGGAUGGUCACAUGUGUGAAAUGCGUGCCUCGCAGGCUACGGAUCUCGCUAUCUCGAGCGGCAACAAGGAUGACAGGAUCUAAUUGCAUAGCAGGCCAGUAGACAUUGGAGAAACAGAGAAGUGAAGAUGUACAACGUUUCAUGUAGCCAGCCAUCAUUCCAGGAAUAGUCUUCAGUUUCUGAUAGUGGAUUUGACUGAGCAACUCCAUGUAACACAACACAGGAGAGCAUAAGGCAAGUGCCAUAUUGAGUUUUACGUUGAUUGCCGUACCUUGCAGGAGUCGGAAGGUGUGUGUACAUCAUCACGGGUGUCGAAAUCUGUAGUGUGACUCUGGAAUUCCAAGGAGAAGCUUGGCCACGCGAUCGAUCCC